CCACAGUGGCCUAGUGGAUAGUGAAAUGAACUAUGGAUCCCAAGAUCUGUGGUUGGAACCCGGUACACGUGUCCAUUUUCAUUAAAUAAUUGUGUUGAUUUGGGAUAAGUUUAAUUAAAGGGAAAACACUACGAGAACCUAAGUGUCUUCCAUCCAGACAGCGUGAUGAAUAUUCAUGUUGGGUGCGUGAUGUGAUUGGUUAAAAUACAAUGUGUGCUGCAGAAAAAAAUACGCCCUGCACUUCUAGUUGGAAUGGAAUUUUCCAGCUCCAGCUCUGCUGGUGGUUCAGCACCUGGGGACCGGAAUUUAACAUUGGGCCUAUCAUCAGUCGGCACUCGGAACAAGAGGAAGCGGUAUAGGAAAGGCUAGUCUCUCGAUAAGUGUCAUCAAACUGCGGCUACUUGUGUGCGUGAAAUAUUUCACCGUAGUUACAUCGUUGUCUUCGUUGCUGAGCGCGUCGUCACAUCGUUGUCGUCUUUGUUGCUGAGUUUGCUGCUUAUAGAUAGGAUCGGACUUUAUCAUGCCUGCUGGAGACAAGGAUUUGGAGGCUGCUGCCUCCACUAACAAGGCUUUCACGCUUGACGGUGGUGCCAUUGUCAAGGCUGAGGACAUUCCAAUCCAGUCGUCAACUAAGGAUGGAAAGCCAUCAGAAGUCGACGAGACGGAAAGAGGCAACUGGGGUAACAAGGUGGACUUCAUGCUGUCUUGCAUCGGCUUCGCUGUGGGGCUGGGCAACGUGUGGAGAUUCCCCUAUCUCUGCUAUAUCAAUGGAGGAGGUGCGUUCCUGGUGCCAUAUGUGAUCAUGUUGAUGAUAGCUGGCCUACCAAUGUUCGUCAUGGAGUUAGGCUUUGGUCAGUUCGCUAGCAAAGGAUGUAUCACAAUCUGGACAAUCUCGCCAGUCUUCAAAGGUUUGGGGUAUGCUAUGUGCAUCAUCACAGCCCUUGUGGCCAUCUACUACAAUGUCGUCAUCUGCUACACUCUGUUCUUCUUGUUUGCAUCGUUCACCUCAGUCCUACCCUGGAGUGAUUGCAACAGAGAAUGGAAUACGGCAAACUGUGUGGUCAGCAAAGUCAAUGGAACCAACGGAACAACGGUGUACCUCAAUACAUCCACCCGACCGUCCCUGGAAUUCUGGGACCGCUAUGUCUUGGAUCGUAGUGACGGUAUGGAGGAUAUGGGGCCCAUCAGAUGGCAGAUAGCAUUGUGUUUACUACUGGCUUGGACCGUCGUGUUCCUGUGUAUUGUGCGUGGAGUAAAGUCAUCAGGAAAGGUUGUGUAUUUCACGGCCACCUUUCCUUACGUCGUUCUUCUGAUUUUACUGAUCCGUGGAGCAACUCUGCCGGGAUCUCUCGAUGGAGUCAUCUUCUACAUCAAGCCGGAGUUUCACAAACUCCUGAACGCUAAAGUCUGGAAGGAUGCUGCUGUACAGAUCUUCUACUCCCUUGGCCCAGCCUGGGGAGGUCUUCACACACUUGCUAGCUACAACAAAUUUGACAACAACUUCGUACGCGAUGGCAUCAUAAUCGCAUUCACUAACUGUGGCACCAGUAUCUUCGCUGGUUUUGCUAUCUUCUCUGUGAUUGGUUUCAUGGCUCAUGAUUCUGGUUUGCCCAUUGAUACGGUCGCUGACACCGGUCCCGGCCUUGCUUUCGUCGCUUACCCAGAAGCCCUGGCUAGGAUGCCCAUCGCUCCUCUUUGGUCCAUUCUCUUCUUCUUCAUGCUCUUCACUCUGGGCUUGGAUAGCCAGUUUGUGAUGACGGAGACGUUGAUUACCGCAGUGACUGAUGAGCUGAAGUAUUAUUUCAAGAACAUCAACAAAUGGAAGACAUUGAUCACAUUCAUAGUCUGCUGCACGUUCUUCUUGCUUGGGUUGCCCAUGACAACCAGGGGAGGUAUCUACCUGUUGACUUUGAUGGAUAAUUACUCGGCAGGGUUCUCACUUCUGCUGAUCGCUCUGCUCGAGUGUGUGGUCAUCUCCCUUGUUUAUGGAAUCAACAGGUUUAGCAAGGAUAUGGCAGUGAUGGUCCCAGGCGGACUGGGUCUGUACUGGAAAGUUUGCCUUGUGGCGUUGGCUCCACUUGUACUGGCUGCCAUCUUUGUCUUCUUUGCUGUGACUUACAGCAAUCUAACCUACAGUAGCUACACCUAUCCUCCAUUUGCCGAAGCCUUGGGUUGGUUGAUGGUGCUUGCUGCAGUGGUGGCUAUCCCAAUCUAUGCAUCCUUCUUCCUGAUAGUGCGAGCUAAGGGGGACACCCUGAUGGAGCGUUUGCGUUUCUCCUUCAAACCAAGUCCCGAGUGGGGUCCGGCUUCCAACUCUGAUCGUCUGAAGGCGGGUUACCCGCUACUGCCGGGUACCAGUGAGGACAUGAGUGUCAAAUUUGAGAGUUCUCCGCCCACCUACACCAGUAUCUAUCCGGGACCAUUGGAGGCUGGAGGGGUUGUGCUCCAAGCUAAGUAAUUCCGAGAAGAGAACAAAUAUCGAAUGGAAGCUCAGUUUCCGUUAACAAUUAUGCGUUAAAGAUAAAAUAGGGAGGACUAAACAUUUUAUAAAUGUUUGCGAUUCUCUUCUUUCCAAUUCACUGGGUUUUAAAUGGUGUAAAUAUUAACAGCCCUUUCUGAAAUUCUUCAUCUGCAACUCUCCUGGAAUGGUGUCGGAACAUGACUGAAUUAUUUUGUUGAGAAUCCGCCAAUAUUAGUACGGCAGAUACGUGAUGGGAUUUGCCCUUGAUGAUGCAAGUAUGGAAUUUGGCACAUAGUCAGAGUAUGUCAUGAGAAAGAUAUUUGGCUAUAGGCAGUACUGGCUAUAGGGCCAUCGCCGAUUUGUCCUUUGAAAAAAAUAUAGAUAGAAUAACGAGCAAUGGCAGUCAAUUUAAAAAUUGCUUGUUAUUCUACUUAUAUUUUUUUAAAGGACAAAUCUGUAGUAGAUCUGUAGCCAAAUAUCUUUCGUAAGACAUACUCUGACUGUGCGCCAAAUGCCAUGCUUGUAUCAACAAAGGCCCACAAUUCCCACAAAUAUUUUCCCUAUCUGCCCCACUUUAGAAACCACGUGGCACCCCCUCCCUGAGCUUAGGAGCUUGUUCAAGUAUAAAUCUUCCUAACUCAAGUACACCAGGGAGUGUGACUGCGUUUGAAUAGCAUAUUAUGAUAUUUUUAUUUAUCGCUGAGUGAGACCAUUUUAUUCAAGAUCUAACUAUAUUUAUACAGAUUUUUUAGUGACAUCUUCAAUUUUAUGCUGCGGUUUAAAUCUAUACUGUUUCUUUCAACUUUAUUCUUAGUGUGUAUUUUUUUAUUUCUUCUGUUUUUAUUUGAGAGUUUAUGACUAAAGAGUGAUGGUUUAUAAAUAUCUUGACUACAUUAUUCCUGAUUUUUAAUUGGUGUGAUUCGUGUAUAUAAGCAUUGUGUUUUGAUUUAUUGUAGAUGUUAGAAAAUGUUGGUGUGUUUUUAAUCAAUAAAUUCUUGGCGGCCAUCUUGACCUAUAUAUUCUGUACCGUAGUUUAACAAAAGGAAUUAUUUUGGGUGGGUUGACAUUAGAUACAUGCAUACAGCAUUGUAUUUUGAGAUGACGAGAUAAUUACGUCCAUCGUGCGAAAUUCAUUUUAUUUCAAAAUCAUCUGCGAAGUUAUGGUUUGUUCUAUAAGCAAUCGUAAAUUUUAGAUACAAUUGUUUUCGCAGAUAAUAUUUGUUAAAAAUUGCAAACACAACAUUAAUGGAAAAUUAUGUUAUAGCAUGACCUUCAUUUGUUUACAUUACCAACAUUUCAAUAAUUGUGUUUGUUCAUUCACUUGUGAACCUGUUCCCACUCGAUAUUUUGCGUGACAAGUUUGACAAUUUUCUUGUGAUGUUACUGUUGUUUGGUUAACUGUUUAUAGAAUUACUCUUUUACUUGCUAGUUUUGUAAUAAAUCGGAUUUUAAAUUCCAUGCUGAACUGUUGCGUUCACCUUCCUUAAAGUUGCGUUCCUCAUGCUCUACAACAAAAUACAUUUCAACUGGCAUGCUUUAUUUCAGUCAAGAAAAUUUCCCUCCCCCCAUUUUUUUGACGUCGGCAAUACUCUGAAAAGGGUUUGUUUUGCAUGGGCAUAAAUAAAUCCACUUUGGGAGCAGACUGGCUCCCAGUCCGUACUUUAUCGAUGUCAAUGAUGGGCGGGAAUCAGUCCAUUUCGCGAGAACGGAUUUAAUGUGUGUCGGCCAAUAAUUAAUUGGCUAAAAAAAAAAAAAAAAUUGAACGUUAAACAUUGGAUAUUCAGUGCACCGCCGGGCUUACUUAAAACAUAUUGUGCUUUUCGUCAACGGCCGCCUUAUAGUAGCUACGAUCACGACCAUGGAACGUCUAUUUUGGGAGCUGUUUAAGGGAAGAAAUUAGGUAUGAAUGGAACAGAACAUUAAAAUACAUAUUUGGGCGCUGGUUUAAGUUGAAUAGUUGCUGUAAGAGUCUGUGUGCGAGCGUAUUAUUAUUAUACUGACUGCCAUUCAUUUUGAAAAUUGCUCAUUUUUUUUUCAAAGGACAAAUCUGUGGUGGCCUCAUAGCCAAAUAUCUUCCGUAAGACAUACUCUGUAUGCCAAAUGCCAUGCUUGUAUCAUCAAAGGCACAAUAUUCCCCCACAUAUUUUCCCUAUCUGCCCCACUUGAUAAACCACGUGACACUCCCUCCCUGAGCCCAGGAGCUUGUUCUAGUAUAAAUCUUCCUAACUCAAGUAGGGCCUACACAAGGGAGAUGUGACUGCGUUUGAAUGGCAUAUUAUAAUAAGGCAAGAUUACCAUAUGCGAAGUUCACUAAUUUUGCUCUGUAUUGAGUAACAAGGCCCCAGAUAGCAAUUUCAUGUCAUCAAAGUCAAUUUGAGCAGUGAGAAAAUACAAGCAUUUUCUUAGAAAACACAGAAUUUUUCAGUCCAAUCUCAUAGGCUUUGUACACAGGGUAUUGAGUGAACUUCGUAUAUGGAAAUCUUUCCUAUAAUAUUUGUAUUUAUCGCGGAGUGAGACCAUUUUAUUCAAGAUCAAACUAUAUUUAUACAGAUUGUUAAGUGACAUCUCAAUUUUAUGCUGCGGUUUAAAUCUAUACUGUUUCCGUCCACUUUAUUCUUAGUGUGUAUCUUUUGAUUUCUUCUGUUUUUAUUUGAGAGUUUAUGACUAAAGAGUGACGGUUUAUAAAUAUCUUUGACAACAUUAUUCCUGAUUUUUAAUUGGUGUGAUUCGUGUAUAUAAGCAUUGUGUUGUGAUUUAUUGUAGAUGUUAGAAAAUGUUGGUGCGUUUUAAAUCAAUAACUUUUUGGUGGCCAUCUUGACCUAUAUAUUCUGUACCAUAGCUAAAUAACGUAUUAUUUUGGGUGGGUCGACAUUAUAUACAAGCAUUGUAUUUUGAGAUGACGAGAUAAUUAUGUCCAUCGUGUGAAAUUCAUUUGAUUUUAAAAUCAUCUGCGAAGCUAUGGUUUGUUAUUCAAUAAGCAAUAAUAACUUUUGGACACAAUUUUUUUCGCAGAUGAUAUUAGUUGAAAAUUGCAAACACAACAUUAAUGGAACAUAUGUUAUAGCAUGACCUUCAUUUGUUUACAUUACCAACAUUUCAAUAAUUGUGUUUGUUCAUCAUUCACUUCUGAACCUGUUCCCACUCGAUAAUUUGCGUGACAUGUUUGACAAUUUUCUGGUGAUGUUAUUUUUGUUUGGUUAACUGUUUAUAGAAUUACUCUUUUACUAGCUAGUUUUGUAAUAAAUCUGAUUUUAAAUUCCA